AUGCCUCAGUUCUCCCGCAUCGCCGCCGUGACGGGUGCGAACAAAGGCAUCGGUCUUGCCAUCGUCCGCAAUCUAGCGCUGCAGUAUCCGUCCUCAGCUUUCAACAACGGGCCUCUGCUCAUCUACUUGUGCGCGAGGGACAAGGGAAGGGGAGAAGAUGCUGUCAAGACGCUUGAAGAUGAUGCGCAGUUGAAGAAAGCGAAGGCGUUGGUGCAGCAUGGGGGCUUGACGACGGUCAAGUACCAUGGGCUUGAUAUCAGCAAGACGAAGAGUAUACUGGACUUUGCGGGAUUCUUGGAGAAGGAACAUCCUGAGGGGAUUGAUAUGGUGGUCAAUAAUGCCGGGAUUGCUAUGAAUGGCUUUGACAUCAAUGUCGUCAAGGAGACCCUCCAAUGCAACUACUACGGCACCCUAACAGCCACGCGCUCCCUCCUCCCUCUGAUCCGUCCCGGCGGCCGUCUGGUGAAUCUAUCCAGCAUGGUAGGUCAUCUAAACUCCAAAUACUCGGAGGAAAUCCGCACCGCGUUCGCCGAGUCCAAGACCGUCGACGACGUCACCAAGCUCAUGGAAUCCUUCACCGAAGCUGUUGACCAAGGCAAGGAGCAAGAGCAAGGCUGGCCCAGUGCAGCCUAUGCCGUGAGCAAGAGCGGCAUUACGGGUAUGACGAGGGCUAUUGCGUUGGAGGUGGAGGAGAGGCGGAAGGAGAGUGGGGUAUUGGUUAAUAGCUGUUGUCCGGGUUAUGUGAAUACGGAUAUGACGAAGCAUAGGGGUUCCAAGUCGGUGGAUGAGGGGGCGCAGACGCCGGUGCUGUUGGCGUGUGGGGAUAUUGGGACGACGAGUGGGGAGUUCUGGCAGCAUGAGGAGGUUAUUGAUUGGUAG